CGCGGCGCUGAAGCGGCGGCGGCGGCGGCGCUGCCCCUGUGGGAAGCGGGCGGCCCGGCCCCCAGCCCGAGGGCGCCAUGGAGGUGAACGCGGGAAGCGUGAUCGCCUAUAUCAGUUCUUCCAGCUCAGCCUCAAGCCCUGCCUCAUGUCACAGUGACGGUUCUGAGAAUAGUUUCCAGUCUUCCUCCUCUGUCCCAUCUUCUCCAAAUAACUCUAACACGGACCACAAUGGCAAUCCCAAGAAUGGCGACCUCUCUAAUAUCGAAGGCAUCUUGAAGAGUGAUCGAAUAGAUGGUUCUAUGAAAACAAGCAAAUCGAGUGUACCCGGGAUGACGAAGAGUCAUAGUGGAGUGACAAAAUUCAGUGGCAUGGUCCUGCUGUGUAAAGUCUGUGGGGACGUGGCAUCAGGAUUCCACUAUGGAGUUCACGCUUGUGAGGGCUGUAAGGGUUUCUUUCGGCGAAGCAUUCAGCAGAACAUCCAGUAUAAGAAGUGCCUGAAGAAUGAAAACUGCUCCAUAAUGAGAAUGAAUAGGAACAGAUGUCAGCAGUGUCGCUUCAAGAAGUGUCUGUCUGUCGGGAUGUCGAGAGAUGCUGUUCGGUUUGGUCGUAUUCCUAAGCGUGAGAAACAGAGGAUGCUAAUUGAAAUGCAAAGUGCGAUGAAGACCAUGAUGAACAGUCAGUUCAGUGGUCACUUGCAGAAUGACAUGUUAGUAGAACAUCAUGAACAGACAGCCUUACCAGCCCAGGAACAGCUGAGACCCAAGCCUCAGCUGGAGCAAGACCACAUCAAAAGCUCUUCUCCCUCUUCUGAUUUUGCAAAGGAGGAAGUGAUUGGCCUGGUGACCAGAGCCCACAAGGAUACCUUUAUGUACAAUCAAGAGCAACGAGAAAACUCAGCUGAGACCGUGCAUCCCCAGAGAGGAGAACGGAUUCCCAAGAAACUGGAGCAGUAUAACUUAAAUCAUGACCGUUGUGGCAGUGGGUUUAGCAGCCAUUUUCCCUGUAGUGAGAGCCAGCAGCAUCUCAAUGGACAAUACAAAGGGAGGAACAUAAUGCAUUACCCGAACAAGCAUGGCAUUUGUCUUGCAAAUGGACAUUGUAUGAACUUCUCCAACGCUUACCCUCAAAGAGUAUGUGAUAGAGUUCCGGUAGAUGGAUUUUCUCAAAAUGAGAACAAGAACAGUUACGUGUGCAACACUGGAGGGAGAGUGCAUCUGGUGUGUCCAAUGAGUAAGUCUCCGUACGUGGGUCCUCAUAAAUCAGGGCAUGAAAUCUGGGAAGAAUUUUCUAUGAGCUUCACCCCAGCUGUGAAAGAAGUGGUGGAAUUUGCAAAGCGGAUUCCUGGGUUCAGAGAUCUCUCUCAGCACGACCAGGUCAACCUUUUAAAGGCUGGGACUUUUGAGGUUUUAAUGGUGCGGUUUGCAUCAUUAUUUGAUGCAAAGGAGCGUACUGUCACCUUUUUAAGUGGAAAGAAGUAUAGCGUGGAUGCUCUGCACUCGAUGGGAGCGGGGGACCUACUCAACUCUAUGUUUGAGUUUAGUGAGAAGCUGAAUGCCCUCCAACUGAGUGAUGAAGAGAUGAGUUUGUUUACAGCAGUUGUCCUGGUGUCGGCAGAUCGAUCUGGGAUAGAAAACGUCAACUCCGUGGAGGCUUUGCAGGAGACGCUUAUCCGUGCAUUGAGGACUUUAAUCAUGAAAAACCAUCCAAAUGAGGCCUCUAUUUUUACAAAACUUCUUCUCAAGUUGCCAGACCUGCGGUCUUUAAACAACAUGCACUCUGAGGAGCUCUUGGCCUUUAAAGUUCACCCCUAAGGCCUUUGUUCGUUCAAACACGAACUGAUUCAUGGUACCUGUACCUCUUGUGCUAAAAUGCUUAUUUAUAUGUGUAUCCCAUAUGUGGAGAUAGAGAAGACCUCUGAGACGUUGCGAGAUCAUAGGCUCUCUCUGUCAGCAUGCAGUAGCUGUUUGGACUGAGAACUCUUCCCGCCAUGACCAGACGCCCACCGACUGCGUCGCCCGAUAGACCAAUCAGCUGUGUCGCACUUAAACUGGAGAAGUUACACUGAAUUAUAAUCACACUGAAUGUUACAGACUUUUUCAUCUGCCAAAAACCAAAAAUCAUUUUGAUCUCCCUGUGGUACGAAUAAAACGCACAAUCACAAAGUAUAGGAGGACUUAGAAAGUUUAGGUUAAAGGUUUUAGAAGUUCUGGUAAAUGAUGGAAACCUUAGCUUCACCGUAAGACCAUCUGACCUGGUAAUGGGGGACUUGGGGAGUUAGGAGACGUCUCAUUUUAUUCUGUCACUGUUAAAGUGUGUGAUCCUGGGCAGGCUACUCGGUUGCGGAAAGUAAGAACUGAUCGUGUUCCCGAUGCCCCAGCUCACAGAAAUACGAAAACACGUCUAUAAAGCAUAUUUACCUCUUGGGAGAUAGGCACUAUGUAAAUAAGGUGAAAUUUUUGUUAUAAUUAUCCAUAAUAUUCUUUUCUUACUUGUGAGCAUUUUUGGGGAAUCAUUUCACGACCCACACCCAUCUAUUAUUCAGGUUUCCUGCAUAGGUGUGGGAUAUCCUCCUGACACAUAUUCAGUGUUUAUGGGUACAUAAUGUGUACAUAAUAUGUAUGUGAAUAUAGUUAUACAUAAAUAUAUCUCUUCACAAUAUUUUAAACUGUGAAGAAAUUUAUCAUACAAUAAACUUAAAAGGUGUCAAAAGACCCAAAUUAGGUGCAUUUUACCUGUUGAGGACAUGACCAUUGCUUCAAGAUGUUUAGAUGGUAGAAUACUGAAUUUAUGCUCUAUUUUUGUUAAUUUAAGCCACAGUUAAUGUAAAAGUGCAACAAGCAGUCGAAUCCAAAUGUUAAAAUAUGUGUAUUUUAAAGUUCAUCUCGGUAAAAUAAUUUGUUCAAGGUACUAGCUGUUUAAAAGUUCGUUCAGAUUCUUACCUUGUGCUAGAAAAAAAUGGUUGCAUUGUGGCCCCGUAUACACAUGCUGCAGCUUGGUGAGGAGGAAUUUUGAUUCUUUUUGGAGACCUAAUCAAUAUUUAAGAAAACUGUGUUUAACACGUUGGCACGUGUGUGCGCCCACGCACACGUGUGUGUAUGUGUAUUUUGAGUCCGCUUUUUUUCCCCCUGAGUGAUACUACAGGGAUUUUGUCAAAUUAGGUUUAAUUUAUAAUUUGAAAAAUCAUUUAGUGUGUGACCUACAGACUUAGAAAUGGGAGAGUCAAGUACAUCUCAUCCACAUUUCUAAUAUUGGGGUUUAUUAAACAGAAAAAAUGAACCUCUGUUGAUGACAGUUGGAGAAAUUAACCAAAGUUGAGAAUUUUAUAUACAUUUCUCUGUUUCCCUGGAAAAUAACAAUUAAUUAGGUUUUUUGGAGGGGCAAAGAUUGCCUUCUGUAUAAUUUUUUGAUGACAUAAAAUUACAAAAAUGAAAAGAACCCAGUUUACUAAGCUUGUUAACUUUCAUGACAUUUGAGCAGAAUUGUCUUAUUUUGUAAUCUUGCUAAACUUGUGGCUACUGGGACUUGAAUUUCUGUGGCACUAGUUAAGUCAGUUAAAAAAAAAAGUUAAACCCUCUCAUCAUGAAAGAGGAAAGAUGAUGGUGAUGUCUCUGAUAUGGUGGACACCAUCCUUGUGAUUUUCCUUAAGUAGGUCUCACUUUUAUGGGAUAUUCAGCAUAGUUUUCGUGAAUUCUUUACAUGAUAGCAUUAUCUUUUUAUAAUUUUUUUUCCUAUGAUAAACAAAUGCAUAGUUUUGUUGUAUGGGAGAUAGAAACAGCUUUUUGAAGUAAUAUUGAAAAACCUCAAAGAUCAUGUCAAUCCUUAAUUUUUGCCUUUUGCGUAAGUCUCUUUAUAACGUGUAUCUUUAAAACAAUUACUAGGUCUUUAGGAACGUGUAAUCAGAGCUAUGCUAGCGUUGCUUACGAAACUUCCAUUAGGUUCAGUAUAUACACGGAUACAGCUAUAUCUAAGUACACAGAUCCGCAUUUUGUCUUAUAAAAUUUUGAGUAAAUUCUUCCCGUGGAUAACGGGAAACAAAAUUAAUAAUUCGUAUGCCUCUCAUAGCAUUUCUAUCUCUGAGAAUAGCCCAAUAUCAAAACUUCUCAAGUUAAGCCAGCAGCCUAUAUUACAAGCACAUUCGUUGGUUGAGUCGUUGGUUAUAAACUUAGUGAGGAAACUUGUGAGUUGGGGAGACACUGUCGAGUGGUGAGUACAUGUACUGUACAAAUUAAGUGAAGCUUUAACUCAUUUUACAUUUCAAAGUUAAAGUAAGGGCAUUAUGUCAGCAAACUUAAGGGCAUUAUGUCAGCAAGUGAAAAAAAAAAUUUUUUUUUUCCCUGUGCUUUUAAUGUAUCUCGUUACAUGAUCUGAGAGAGGAUUCAAGCAUUUAGAGAGAAAUAGCUGAGGGAAAAGGGAACCAGCUCUUGGGAUGCUGCUUUUCCUUAUGGCGAUGGUUUAAUUACAGAUUAAAAAAUUAGAAGGGAAUUUCCGUGGAUUAAGUGUAUAGCCUUCAUAUCUAUCUACAUUUCAAGAAAUUACCAUUGUAAUAAAAUGAACCGUAUGAUUUAUUUUAGACAAACAUCAUUGCAAAGUGUAGAAGCUCGGCUGAAUUUAUUACCAUGCACGAAAGUAAAAUAAAUACCUAUCUCAGUUGCUCUUUUUCUUUUCCAAUAUAAAGUUUGCUGAAUGUACAAGAAGAGUUUAUCACUUAGAAUAUAGAAUUUUUUUUUUUUUAGGGGUGGGGGGAGGGGCUUUGUCAGGAAAUUGUUACUUACAAAGAUCGUCUUGAUUUGAUCCAAAAUAUGAAACUUGAACCUAUUCUUGAACUAACAUGGAAAAAUAAAAUGGCUGUUGUUUAAAAAAAAA